AUGGGACAGGGGUCAAGCACGCCAUUGACAAAUUGUCUGAACACAGUCUGCAAUGGCCGAAGCGGUUGUGUAGCAUACCCGGAUAACAUCCUCUACCAACUUAGCUGGGUCGCGCCAUACAACCUCGACAUACCGGUUUCACCUAUUGCUGUCACUAGACCGGAGACUGCUGAAGAUGUGUCCGGAUUUAUCCGAUGCGCUGCCUCGAACAAUUUUGGGGGGACGGACGGGGAACUGGUCCUGGACCUUCAAAAAAUGACCAAGUUCUCCAUGGACACGAGUACAUGGCAAGCGACCAUUGGGGCGGGACAUCGCUUAUCUGAUGUCACACAGGAACUUCACGACAAUGGGAAACGAGCAAUGGCGCACGGAACCUGUCCUGGAGUCGGAAUUGGUGGACAUGCAACUAUCGGGGGGCUUGGACCUUCGUCGCGCAUGUGGGGAUCUUGUCUAGAUCAUGUUCUCGAAGUUGAGGUCGUAACUGCGGAUGGAAGUAUUAAACGUGCAAGCGAGAAUGAUAACCCGGAUUUAUUCUUCGCCUUGAAGGGCGCCGGCGCUGGUUUUGGUGUCAUCACAGAGUUCGUCAUGAAGACUCACCCUGAGCCUGGAGACGUCGUUCAAUAUUCGUUUUCGUCAACAUUUGGAAAGCACGCUGACAUGGCGGACAUUUUCGAGCAGUGGCAGACUCUCAUCUCAGAUCCCAACCUCGAUCGCAGGUUUGGCUCGGAGGUAGUCCUGCAUGAACUGGGUCUGGUCAUUACGGCUACCUUUUACGGAACUGAGGAGGAAUUCGAGGCGACAGGCAUUCCAGACAGAAUCCCGACUGGCAAGAUAUCUGUUGUGUUGGAUGAUUGGCUCGGUGUUCUCACACAGCAGGCCGAGGAUGCCGCUCUCUAUCUAUCAGAUGUCCGAACGGCCUUCACAUCGCGAAGUCUCGCAUUUCGACAGGAUGAGCUACUCACGAGAGAAGAGAUCGACAGCAUGAUGAGCUACCUUGACAAUGCUGACCAUGGUACCCUCUUGUGGUUUCUCAUCUUUGACGUUACUGGAGGCGCUAUUAACGACAUAGCCAUGAAUGCCACAGCGUACUCACAUCGAGACAAGAUCAUGUUCUGCCAGGGCUACGGAAUUGGAGUUCCCACGUUGUCACAAACCACUAAAGACUUCAUGGACGGUAUUAUCACCAACAUACAGAGCACCGCUGAGCAGACACUUACAACUUAUCCGGGAUACGUAGACCCGGCGCUGGCCAACCCCCAGCAAUCGUACUGGGGUCCCAAUCUGGAAAGGCUGGGACAGAUCAAGUCGAAUUGGGAUCCAAACGAUGUCUUUCACAACCCCCAGAGUAUUAGACCGGCGACUCUGGAUGCGAGACAGGAGUCAGGAGCGAAGGGCAGGAGGAUAUUUUGGUGA